AUGCACGCAAGACUACCUUCUUCCCUGGAGGAAGAAGAGCCAGACGAGGAGAGCAUCUGGACCCCCCUCCAGCUAGCCGCCGCACAAGGCAAUCUCCCCCAAGUGAAGAAUCUCUUGAGUCAAUCCUCCAGCAACCCCAACGAGCCCGCCCGCGGCUACUACGGCCAAACCGCACUCCAAGCGGCUUCAGUCAACGGACAUCUUGAUGUAGUCCAGACGCUCCUAGCCGCCGGGUCGGAAGUGGAUGCUCCCGGCGGCAACAACGGCGGCCGCACCGCGCUGGCCCUAGCCGCAGGCGCCGGCCACUUCCCCGUCGUCCGCCAUCUGGUCGUUGCCGCAGGCGCGGACAUUAGCCGCCCUCCGCACAAAUACAUGGGGCGCACCGCCGUGCAGGCCGCAGCGGAAGGCGGCCAUCUCGACAUCGUACGAUGGCUGUUGCAUGAAAGUAAACAGCAGCCCGGCGCGGUGAUCAACGCGCCCCCGGCUAGCAACCGGGGCCGGACCGCACUGCAGGCCGCGUCGCUGGGCGGCUAUGACGAGAUGGUGGAGUUCCUGCUCCAUGCCGGUGCGGAUGUGAAUGCAUCCGCCUCGAGAUAUCAUGGCUUCACGGCGCUCCAGGGCGCGGCCUUCGUCGGUCACCGAACCACCGUCCGUCGACUGUUGGCGGCUGGCGCGGAUGUGGACGCCCCCGGCGCCCGCUACAACGGCUACACGGCGCUGGCGGCAGCGGCAGAAGGCGGCCACGCGGGCAUUGUGCGACUCUUGCUGGACGCCGGCGCGGAUGUGGCCAUAGUAUCUGGGAAUAAGAAUUGGACAGCGUUGCGGUUUGCGGUCUCGCGGGGGCAGAAAGAGAUUGUGCAGCUUUUAAGUAGAUAA